ACAUUUGGGAGAGCUUACCCAUGCAUGAAAGAUGAGCAUGCAAUCGGUGACUCUGUAUCACCAAUCGAUCAAAGAUUCCCAAUAGUUGAUCUUGGAGUGCUUAGUGGAACACACCCAAGAUGCUCCGCUUGCUGCAGUCUAUAUUUGUUCUAGCCUCCCUCCGCCUAGGAUGGGGACAGGCUAUCGUUUCCUCUGACCAGUUCAAUAUGACUCUAUACAAGCGGAUGCCCGCCCUGUAUCAGCUGGACGACUACGAUCUCUGCCUGGAAAGCGACUCCCACACCUACUGCCUGGUCUAUGCCGAGAUCGUGCCAAAUGCCAGCUCCACUCUGUGGGAGCAAAUCGAAGGUCUCUCCCGUGAUGUCAAGCAUCGCUUUCGGCACGAUCGGCUCUUCAGGGGUAUCUGCCUGGAGCGCUGUCAGCUGGAUCUUCAGCAGUUGUACGAGGGAGGGGUCCUGGAUGAGGACCUGAGCUCCUACUAUUCCAGAGUGCAUGGACGAUCUGCGCCAGAGCGCCUGCUCAACGAUCCACUGGUCAAUAGCUGUUUGAAUCUGGAAUUUAGCCAGAAAUACUCCCUGCGUGUGCGCAGCCUCAUCGAGUAUUGCGUGAAGUCGGGCGAAAGCUUGCCGCACGAUGUCCUCGAUCUGACUGUUUACGCUCUUAUAGCUGUAAUCCUGCUGAUCACUGUAUUCUCUACCCUCUACGAUUAUCGUCUAAGCAAGCACGACUCCCAGGCGGGCAACCUCUUCUAUCAGCAGUGCCCGCAGCAUCGUAGGGAACAGCUGCUCACCUCCUUCUCGCUGGUGCGCAACUAUUAUCGCCUGACCCUGGCCCAUGGCAGCGAUUUUGCACGCGAUAUUCGAUUCUUCGAUGCCUUCCGAGUGAUCGGAGUGUUUGUUGUGAUCUUGGGCCACACGCUGAUGGUUUUUAUGACGGUGCAGAUUGAGAAUCCAGAGUUCUACGAGCAGUUCCUAUUUCGAUUCGAGACGUCGAUCUUCCAGAACGGCAGCGUAUUCAUCCAGAUCUUCUUUGUGAUAAGCGGCUUUCUACUCUAUGUGAACUUCACCGAUCGGCAGCUGGUGCACCCAAAGUCGGGGAUCCUGGAAUGCAUCGGAGUCUACUUUCGGGUGUUCUUCUACAGGUACUUUAGACUACUGCCCUCGCUCCUGGCUUUGAUCCUGUUCAAUGGCUCGUUCCUGGCCCGCCUGCAGAAUGGACCCUUCUGGCGGCACCUGACGGAGGCCGAGCGAGUCUUCUGCCGCGAGAACUGGUGGAAGAAUGUUUUCUUCGUGAAUAACCAUUUGCUGGAGGACAGUUGCUCCCAUCAAACCUGGUACUUGGCGGCAGACAUGCAGCUCUUUGAGCUCUUCCUGAUCGUUAUUAUCAUCGGAAAAAAGCAUCCAAUGCUGGUAAAACCCAUCUACGUCAUUCUCUUCUUGCUGGCCUUCGGUGUGCCUGCCUUGCUCACAUACCUCCUGAAACUGGACGCCGUCUACCACCUGCGACCAGAGACAUAUCGCUACUUGUACUUUCGACAAUCGGACACCUUCUACCAGAUAUAUCCGCCCUUUUACACCAAUCUGGCCGGGUAUCUGCUGGGCUUCGUAUGCGGAACCCUCUACCUGAAGCAGCGCAACAAUGCCGUUGUCUAUCGGGGACAACGAAAGUACGAGCUGGGCCUGUGGCUGCUGGUUCCGGCUGCCUUGGCUCUGCUCCUCUCGGGCUAUAUAUUCAUAAGGCACGACUUUGAGAAGCCGUCACUGUGGCUGGCCCUCUAUGCGGGCCUGUACAGGAAUCUGUGGGUCCUGAUCUGCGGGGGAUUCGUUUACUUCAUGUGCAGCAAAGUGGGAGGUAUCGCCUAUAGAUUCUGCACCUUGCCAGUGUUCCGACCCCUGGCGCGGAUCUCCUUCCAAGUCUUCCUCUGGCACAUUGUCGUUCUGCGCGUCGUGGCCGGGUACUUCCGGCAGCCGGUCUACGUGACUAGUUUCUCCUUGUUCGCCAAUGUUGUGGUCGUGUUCGUUUUGACUCAUGCGGUGGCGGCCUUUGUAGCACUGCUGUUGGAAUACCCCUUGGUGGAGGUGGUAAAGUGCCUGUUUAUGACUGACAGAGGAACAAGUAAACCGCCAGCAAACAAAGCAGCAACAGAAAUUCAAAUGGAGUGCGCAUCCACAGUUGCUUAGUGUGACCGCAUGAACAGUUUCAGGGCUGCAGCAUGGAAAAUAUGUUGGUAAUAAAAUUUCGUACAAAUAUUAGAAAUUCUUGGUAUUCGAAAUAGGUAAAAAAAACAGCAGAAAGUCCUUAAACGUCCAUGUUAAGA